AUGGCGGCCACUCGUAACAAAUCGCCCUUCUCUUUUGAGGAACACCAAUUGACUUUCUUUCCGGACCUCUCUAGAGCAACCUUAGAGUGGAGGAGAUCCCUGAAACCACUAACGUCGAUACUCACAAAAUUCCAGGUGCCUUGCAGGUGGGGAACGCCAAGGAGCCUUCUGAUCACCCAAGAAUCUGGGACAAUGAGAGUACUGGGGGCGGACGAAAUAUCCAGCACGCUGCAGACCCUCGGGCUUCCAACCACUCCGGAGGGAUCGCAGACCUCUGCUCCGGUUCCACGGCCGAUCGCCUGGGACCCCAAUAGGGUCCGCCCGUUUGUUCCUGCUGCUAUGCGGGAAGAUCCCGCCACAACUGCUGUGCCCUGA